AAGAUUCUAUGACACAUGGCAGAAAUGCAAAUUCCGAUUUCCGAUUUUAUUUUGCAAUUUAGAAUUUAGUUCAAGAUAAGAAAAUAACAGAAUAAAAAAAGGAUUAAGUUGACGCUAAGAUUUUGUUAACUAAAUUUUACAUCAAGUGAAGUUUGUCGUUUUUAAACCACAUUAUAAUUUAGUGUAAUAAAAUUAAUAACCGGUAUAAUUUAUCAUGGUAGACUACAGUAAAUGGAAAAACAUUGAGAUCUCUGACGAUGAAGAUGAGACUCAUCCAAACAUUGAUACACCGUCCUUAUUUCGGUGGAGACAUCAAGCAAGAGUUGAACGAAUGGAAGAAAGAAAACAUGAAUUCGAAAAUUUAGAUAAAAGAAAGACUGAACACUCUAAAAAAGCUAAUGAACUCAAGGAAAAGCUAAAAGAGGCUGAAAAAACAAAUGCUGCAAAUUUAGCAGAGCUAAAAAAAUCCUUUCAGGAAUUAGAAAUCCAGGGUGAAAGUCUAAAAAAAGAAGAAGAGGAGAUGAGAAAAAAAGAUAAGCUUACCCCUUGGAAUGUAGACACAAUAAGCAAACCUGGCUUUGCAAAGACAGUUAUUAACACUAAACCUGCUCGUGCAAAAGAAGAAAAUCUGACUGAAGCUGAGAAAGAAGCCAGAUUGAACAAAUUUAUUAAGGAACACGAAAAAGAUCUUAAGCACUAUGGUAUGUUAAGGAAAUACGACGAUUCGAGAGCUUAUCUCAAAAGCCAUAAUGAAUUAGUUUGUGAAGACACUGCAAAUUACCUAGUUGUAUGGUGUAUCAACUUAGAAAUGGAUAAGAAACAUGAUUUGAUGAACCAUGUAGCUCAUCAGAUCAUUUGUAUGCAAUAUAUCUUAGAACUUGCCAAACAACUUGAUUGCGACCCAAGAGCUUGUGUAGAUGCGUUCUUUGCUAAAAUUCAAGUGGCUGAAGUAGAAUACAAACAAUCUUUUGACGAUGAACUCAGACAAUUCAAAGAAAGGAUUCGAAAAAGGGCUGCCGAAAAAUUGGAAGAAGCUAUAAAGGAAGUUGAAGAAGAAGAAAGACAAAAACGAUUAGGACCAGGUGGUUUAGAUCCAUUGGAAGUUUUCGAAACCCUUCCAGACGAACUAAAAGCUUGCUUCGAAAGCCAAGAUAUACAAUUACUUCAAGAUACGAUCGCUAAAAUGGACGAAGAUCAAGCAAAGUACCACAUGAAACGAUGUGUAGACUCUGGUCUUUGGGUACCGGAUGCCGGUAAGAAAAGUGCUGAAGAGAAAGGUGCUGAAGAAGGAGACGCUGCGCAGGAAAAGGAAGUUGAUGAACCUGCGUCUUAGAUAGAAACUGUUUAUAAAUGUUAAUCCCAUUUUUAUAUUGUGAAAUUAAAGUUUGUAUAUACUGCUGACCAAUGAUAUCGGGAUGUACAUUGUGUUUUGAAUCAAAUGGUAGAGUACAAAUCUACAAGUUUUCUUUAUAGCUAAAUUAUAUAUUAUGUUUCAAACGAUUCCUAAAAACGCAAAUUAUGAUGAUGUUUUUCCAAGCAAGUUUUGAAUAAAUAAUAUGCUGUUGAAAGUUCAAACCAAACCUUUCUUUCAGUGCGUCAUUAAUUUUUACGUCAUACGAUGAAAUUUUUCCCUAUACAAUAUGCCAGAAAAUACUAACCUAUAAUAACAAUUUGCCAUUUACCCGUUGACAUUGUAAAAGUUCUGUCACGAUCGUGUACUUUUGCGUCAAAUUAUCUUUAUUCGCAUCAUUGACUGUGUAUCUUUUCAGCGUUUGUUAAACGUCACCAAUUAUACAUCCACGAGUAAAAGUCGCUUUGAUAUGCAACUACCCUUUCUAUUUUCUAGGUUCUAUGUUUAAUAAUCACAGACGUACCUUUUUUUCUGUCACUUCCAACUCAAUUUGUUGGAGAGAAUUCGAUAAACUAUGGCGCAUUGAAAGAAGGGUUUGGUUUGAACUAUAUCACGGAAUUGUUUAAGUAAAUCGUGGCAAUUAAACAGUGGCGGGUGAAACUAAUUAAUAAUUUGGUUAAAUACGUUGUAAAAACAUACGCACUUGUUUGUAUGCAGAACAGUGUUAUCAUACACGAUACAUCUUUAAGUCCUUUUCUAUUAUUUUGGAUGCUUCUCCAUCUGAAACCCAUCGCAGUAAGUAUAUUCUUUUUAAAAUUUCUAAUGGACUGAAAUCUAACUUAUUCUGAAUUUUUUUGCACCUUUUUUAUUGUAACCUCAUCAUAAUUUGUGUUUGCAUUAUAUAUCAUGUUUGAAUUCAGAUUUUUGGUUAGCCAGUAUUUUUUGUAAUAGGGAACCUUCAAAAUAUACGUUAUUUCCUUUUGCAUCCGUUGCAUUUCAAUCAAUGACAUGUCUACGUGGUUGCAGUACAACCAGCUGUUUAAAAAAUUUGUACGUGUAUGCAACAUCUUCUGAGUUAAAUCAAAUUUAUAGAAAUAAUUGGUACUUAAAAAUUAAUAACUUAGUUUAAACAACGUUGAAAAAAUAUGAAGUCAAUUUAUCUUUAAUUUAUGAGUGCAAAAAAUUACAGGAAAUUCUAGUACUCUUUCCAUGUGUAUUUUUAAAUAUCACAACUCUGUAAUAUAAAGGAAUCUAAAAUACUGUAACUAAGCUAAUCUACACUCAGGUGCAAAAAAAACGAUCCACUUAAAAAUUUCUUCAUUUUUGAUGUCUCGAAUUUCCUAAACCUGUCGUCCGAUUUAAGUGAUUUUUUACCAUGAUAUAGCCCUAUUCAGGUAAACUGUCAUUGUAUACCGGGUGUACUAAUCAAACUGUGUUUUUUUCUCAGUUCGCAUCACCCUGUGGAAUAUUCUAGCAUUUAUAAAAUACUCAUUAAAAACCAACUAUAGCAUCAGGUUUUCUUAACAUUAUGUCUUUAGAUUCAUUCGCUUAUGUUGGAUAAUAAAAAAAUUAGGUACUUUAACAACUGGCCAUGUUCGCCAUCAGUACAGGGUGCUUCUAAAUAAGUGCGACAAAUUUUAAGGGGUAAUUUUACAUGAGAAAAUAAUGACAGUUUGCUUUAUAAUCAUAUGUCCGCAAACGCUUCGUUUCCGGGAUACGGCAAUUGUUUUUACAAACUGAAGAUUUAUUUAUUGCUUUAAAACCAGUUGAGAUAGGCAAAUCAAAUUUGGUGGGUUUUAAGACAUAUUUAUUGCACAUUUUUUGACAUACAAUUAAGAAUUUAAUAUUCACCAUUGGCGUGCAUACAGGUAAUAUGAUCGGUCAUAAUACCCGUUUCCGCGCCAAUGGUGAAUAUUAAAUUCUUAAUUGUAUGUCAAAAAAUGGGCAAUAACUACGUCUUAAAACCCACCAAAUUUGAUUUGCAUAUCUCAACUGGUUUUAAAGCAAUAAAUAAUCGUCAGUUUGAAAAAAAAAAUUGAACAUCCCGUAUUUCGGAAACGAAGCGUUUGCGGACAUAUGAUUAUAAACCAAACUGUCAUUAUUUUCUCAUGUAAAAUUACCCCUUUAAAAUAAGUUUGUCGCACUUAUUUAGAAACAUCCUGUACUGAUGACGAACAUGGCCAGUUGUUAAAAUACCUAACUUUUUUAUUAUCCAACACAAGCGAAUGAAUCUAAAAACAGAAUGUUAAGAAAACCUGAGGCUAUAGUUGGGUUUUAAUUUCAGUAUUUUAUAAAUGCUAGAUUGGUCCACAGGGUGAUCCGAACUUUGAGAAAAAAACAGUUUGAUUCGUACACCCGGUAUACAAUGACAGUUUACCUGUCUAGCAACAAUAUUAUUACAGCGAUAUUUUUAAUGAAUAAGGCUAUAACAUAGUAAAAAAAUCACUUAAAUCGGACAACAACAGGUUUAGGAAAUUCGAGACAUCAAAAAUGACCAAAUUUUUAAGUGGAUCGAUUUUUUUGCACCUGAGUGUAUUAACAAAAUGCGAAAACAACUCAAUGACCAUCAUCUACACCUGAACAGAUGAAUUAAUAAUAAAACUAACUCUACAUUUAUCCAUCAACAUAUAAUACAUAUACUGCGCGCUGCCAUUUAAAGCUAAGUGACGAUUGCGACAGAGAAAACUGAUGAUAUUCGGUGGGAAGUCUCUUUCUAAUAGACUGGGUUUAUUCAAUGACGUUGGGUUAAAAUGAAUUUGUAUUAGCUUUAAUAGUUUGUUUUUUGUAUUAGUAUUAAUUAUUAUUAUCAACAUGAUUGUAUCUGGCUAAAUAGCUAAUUUCUAAAGCCAUAAAUAAAAAAAAUGAUUUUUGUACAUUGUAUCUAGCUAAAUAGCUAAUUGCUAAAGCCAUAAAUAAAAAAAAUGACGUUGGGUUUAUCGAUAACGUCACUUUCCCACUGUCUCCGAUUUCAUGGACUCAUCCAAUUAGAAAGAGACUAUUCCCACCUAAUAGCCUCAGUUUUCUCUGUCGCAAUCGUCACUUAGUUUUAGAUGGCAGCGCGCAGUCUAUGUAUUAUAUGUCUAUGCAUUUAUCUUAUCUCAUAAAUCGCUGCAUUCUCUACUAACAAUGUAAAAAUUAAAUAACGUGCAACAGAUUACUAAGGAAAUACCGACUAUUUUAAUUUAACUGUAAAUACAAUACUGUGUUUAUUUAAAUUGUAAAUUCACAUAUUAUAACACUUUGUGUGUGGAAUAUAUGAAGAUUUAAAGGUUCCUUCCUUUCCAUCACUUCCAUUUUCAGGAGUUAUGUUGAAACUCUUUUCCGAUUCUUAUAAAUGUUAAAACUCUUAUAUGGUUGAAAAAAGUACAUAUACACAGUUUGUCAGACUAGGAACGACUUUUAAAAUCGUACAAUCGGCACCUGCACUUGAUGUGCAGUAAAAUACCAGAAAUUAUCUUAAACUAAAAGUCAAACAGUUCGGCAUGCACGUCAUAGAUUUAUAAACAGUACAGUCAUGACAUUAUAAUCAGUACAAACUUGACGGCAAACAAAUUCAAGAAAUUUUUUCUCAUAAGUAUAUUAGUUUUUUCGCUACCGUCAAGUUUAGCAGCAAUGCGCUGUUGCCAAACAGCGUUACAUAGCAACGUAUACAGGGUGAGGCAAAUAAAGGGCCUAUUAGAAAUAUCUCGAGAACUAAAGGCAACAGAGUCAUGAAAUUUGGAAUGAAGGGUUUUUGAAGGAUGAUCUAUUAAAUGAAAAUAUUUUCAUCUAUUUGCUACUUCCGGUUAUACCGGAAGUUGCUUAUAACUUCGUUUUUUUAAAUGGGACACCCUGUAUAUUUUUACAUUUUUGGAUUCUCUUCGAUGUCUUCUUUCUUAAAUAUGAGGUUGUGUAAUGUUAUACAGGGUAUUUUAAAAGAUAAUUACGUUUUUUUAUUAAUUUUGUAGAAACAUUCACACCCUGUAGAAUUGUAGUAGUUUGACAUCUAAAACUCUACUUACGUUCAAAUGACUUUUAAUAUAGUCUACUAUUGUUAAGAAUGAUUAGUAUAGCUAAAUUUUUAAUUUUAGUAUACAGGGUUUUCUUAAAUGGAACACCAUGUAUUUUAGUAUUGUAAUGCAAUUAUAUUUUAUGGUACUUUUUUUAUUUCUUAAGCAUUCCCUAUACCUAACUGCUUUAAUUUGUGCUUAAUCGUUAAUGGCACCAACAAUCUUAACUACGUAGGUAUUUUGAUAGCUAAACCAUUAUUGGUAAUUUUAAGGAUCAGUCUGGAUUAAUAUGUAUUUAUUUCUGAAAAAUUAUUUGUGAUUGAAUUUUUUCACGGCCAACCUAAUAAAAUUUUACAUAUUUUUUGUUGCAAUUAAUGUUUAGCUUGAAUCACCAAUAACUCACAAAUUAAACAAUUAGGUAUAGGGAAUACUUAUAAAAUAAAAAAGUACCAUGAAAUAUAAUUUUAUUACAAUACUAAAAUACCGGGUGUUCCAUUUAAGAAAACUCAGAAAAUAUUCAUUCCGAGUUUCGACUAACCCUGUAUACUAAAAUUUCAAAAUUAGCUAUUCUAAUGAUUCUUAACAAUAGUAGAGUAUAUUAAAAAUCACUUAAACGUAAGCACAGUUUUUAAUGUCAAACUAUUACAAUUCUACAGGGUGUGAAUGUUGCUACGAAAUUAAUAAAAAAGCGUAAAUAUCUUUUAAAAUACCCUGUAUAAUAUUACAAAACCUCAUAUUUUAAGAAAAAGGACAUCGAAGAGAAUCCAAAAAUGUAAAAAUAUACAGGGUGUCUCAUUUAAAAAACGAAGUUAUCAGCAAUUUCCGGUUAUCAGCAACUUCCGGUAUAACCGGAAGUUGCAAAGAGAUGAAAAUAUUUUCAUUUAAUAGAUCAUCCUUCAAAACCCCUUCAGUCCAAUUUUCAUGAUUCUGUUGCCUUUAGUUCUCGAGAUAUUUCUAAUAAGCCAGUUAUGUGCCUCACCCUAUAUAGUUGUUAGAGUUGUUUUGUUAUAAAAUUAUUGCCCAUAUUAUAGAUACGAAGCAAUUAAUGUUCACAUAAGCUGAAACGGAGUCUUUAAUGGAAGUCAACACGAACACGGCUAAAUUAGUAUUAGGAUAUUUAAAGAACCAAAAACUAAAACCGCGUACAAGGAGUUCCUAAAAACAUCUUCGACUUUAAGAAAGUUAAAGGAGAAAUCAGGAGGAAAGAGAUAUUACCUACCAGAUUUCUGGGACUAACGCUACAGGAAAUGGUAGCUGAACAUUUUGAAAUGUCCCAACUAAUCGAAGGAAGAUUGGAAAAUACCAACUAUUAUAAUGAACAUCACUCAAACUUUCGGAAAAACUCAUGUACAUAUUGACAACCAAAUUUCCUUAGAGUAGGGCUUUCACACCUAGCAUCAGCUACCAUGGUUCCCAAGUAGAUUACAUGAGUCCUGCUCAUAUUGAUGUAGAAGCUACCCCAGUGGAUACUCUUCCAGGGAAUAGUGAUCAUGAUCAUACUUUCAUACAAUCGCCCAGAAGGAAGAAAGUUUUAAAUGGAAGCAGUAGAAGUUCUUCAGAAGAUUCACCAAACGCCAAAAGAGGCGUUGAUAUAAUUGAUACUGCAGCGCUGGCACAGAACCUAAUGGAUAAUACAGUGUUCCAAGAGAAAAUAGCUUCUAUCUGAUAAUACAGUAGUUAGCUGUUCAAAAUAACCUAAUCGGCCAAUGACGCCAUAUACACUCGUCACUACUUCUAGUCAAAGAAAUGAUCGCUGUAAUAGGAAUGGCAUGUCAAGAAAAUCUGAUUAUUCCCUAUAUAUUUUUUCAAAUUUAAAAUAUGGCAACAAGGGGAAAAUUGCGUGUGAGCCUUAUUGUUUGACUUGGACUCUGAUAAGAGAAGUAUAGAUCGGCAGAAAUAUCGGAGACCGCAAAGAUCAGACCGAUCGAAAACUUUGGUGACGCUACGUUGUCAGACAAUCGGGUUUCAACGGUUUUUCGGGUUUGUAUUUUUUGCUACCUGAGUGAUCUUCGCGGUGUCAGAUAUGUCUGUACAAUUGUAAACUCGAGUUGUUAGGUACCUUUAAAAUUCAGAUAGGCAAGUCCUGGCAUUCGUCCAUUCCUUUCUACCCGAAUACGUUCUCUCUCUGCGCAAAUGGGCAAAAUUUUGGAAGUCGUUCGUAGCCUUGACGAAUAAUACCUAUCUCUUUUAUAGGCAACACUUUUAGGAUAUUGAAGAAAACUGUUGUGAACACGGUUUAAUUUCUAUGUAUGAUGUUACAUUUUUGUACAUCCAAUUUAGCUUUAUCUCAAACCAAAUUACGUUGAUUGGAGAUUGUUAUUUAAAGGAGAGAAAUUUUGUUUUAUGUGUUAAGAGAGAUUAAUUUGUUCGUGGAGCUGAUCGUGAUUGGUUAGGAUUUCAGUAGAACCCGGAUUAUCCGUGCUUACAGGACUGGACGUGGCACGGAUACUCCGAACAUGUAUUUCUUAUAUUAGACCAGGGCGCACAUGUAUUUCUUAUAUUAGUACAUUUGGAUGUUGAGAGGUGACUCAUAUUUUUUGCAGAAAUUGCUUGGAAUUAACUCAUAUAACAAUAAUUGAGUUAUCCUCCCACUCAAAAAGGUCCGGAAUAUUGUUUAAAUAAUCAAAAUGUCAAAAAGUGAAAGAAAAAUUCUAUUUUUUUCUUCGUUUUUUGAUUAUAACUUUAAAAGUAUUCAUUUCCCAGAAAAGUUGCACUAACAUAAAAGUUGCUUAAUUAAAUUUCCAUAGGAUUAGUUAGAAAUUUUAAAAAUUGUCAACCUUGUUGCAAAAUAGCAAUAAUUGCGAAAAAGACAUAAAAAAACAAGUAUUCGCAUUUUACGUUUUUCAACCAUUUAUGGUACACUUAGAACCUUCAUAUUUCACCCAGAAAAACUUUGUGAUAUAAUAAAACAAUACUGUAAAUUUCAUUAAAAUCGGUUUAAUAGAUUUUGCAAAACAAAUUUUGCAAUCCAGCUUUCGCAAAAAAAUUCAUUUUUUCAAAAUAUUGCAGGAUUGAAAAUAAAGCAGACAGCAAGUUGAAUUUUUUUACAUAUACAGUGAGCACGUAAAGGUUGGAAUAAAUUCAUUUUCUCGACAAUGAAUGAUUUUGGAAAAAAAUCCCGAAACAGGUCAAUUUUUCUUUUUAAAUUACGACUUUUUGGCAUAUAUAUCAUACUAGUGACGUCACCCAUUUGGGCGUGAUGACGUUAUCGAUGAUUUUUUUAAAUGAGAAUAGGGAUCGUGUGACAGCUCAUUUGAAAGGUAAUUCAAUUCUCUAUUCAGUAAUAUAAACAUUAACAUAAUUAUUUAUACAGAGUGUCCAAAAAUUUUUUUUUUGGAUUAAAUGUAUUGACAUAAAAAGAAGAAUGUAUGUAAUUUAUUUAGUUUAAAAUACAUUUUACUGCUCUCAGAAAACUGAAAAAAAUGUUUAUAUGAAAAAUAAUCAUUGCUUUUCGCUUAAAUUAAAUGUUCAAACUGUCAUAAGGCUGGUGGGUGGCGGCUUUAAUAUUGCAUUUAAGCAAAAAACAAUAUUUAUUUGCCAAAUAAACAUUUUUUACUGUUUUCUGAUAGCAGUAAAAUGUAUUUUGAAUUGAAUAAAUUACACACAUUCUUCUUUUUAUGUCAAUAAAUUCAAUUAAAAAAAAUUUUUUUUUGGCACCCUGUAUAAAUACUUAUGUUAAUGUUUAUAUUACUGAAUAGAUAAUUGAAUUACCUUUCAAAUGAGCUAUCACACGACCCCUAUUCUUAUUUAAAAAAAUCAUCGAUGACGUCAUCACGCCCAAAUGGGUGACGUCACUAGUAUGAUAUAUAUGCCAAUAAGUCGUUAUUUUAAAAUAAAAUUUGACCUAUUUUGGGAUUUUUUUCCAAAAUUGUCCAUUCUCGAGAAAAUGAAUUUAUUCCAACCUUUACGUGCUCACUGUAUAAGAAUACUGUACCUUUCAUUUGCAAGUUUCAAAAUUAAAAUCGGUUAACUACCACGACGUCAGGAUUUUUUUUAAAUAAACAUUAAUUUUUGAUGCUACGCGCAGGAAAGCGGAUACGUUUGCUCUGAUUGGGCAUUCCAAUGGCCUUUGAUAAUGAUUGAUAAAUUUUAAUUUUUAGUAUAUUUCGAUAUAAAUAAAUAAAUUUGUUUAUUGCAAAAUAAAAACACAUACUCUGUCUUUUAAAGCAAAAACUUUUUUAGCAAAACUUUCUUUGUUCAUAUAUUUUAACUUAGAGAAUGAAAAUUUAUUAUUUUUAAACAUAUGCAAUUAUUUCAACAGUAAUCAAAUUAAGUUGAUUUUUGUGGAAUAAAAAUAUUAAAAUACAACAAAAUAAAGAGUAAGAAAACAAUAUAUAUUAAAUAAAGAUUGGAAGAAAUUUUGGUGGAAAUCAACUUGUGUGAAUCGAACACCGCUGUCCUGCGCGUAGCAUCAAAAAUUAAUGUUUAUUUAAAAAAAUUCCUGACGCCGUGGUAGUUAACCGAUAUUAAUUUUGCAAAUUGCAAAUGAAAGUUACGGUAAUCUUCUAUAUGCAAAAACAAUUUCAACUUUCUACCUGCUUUAUUUUUAGUCCUUUCAACAUUUUGAAAAAAAAUGAAUUUUUUUGCGAAAGCUGGAUUGCAAAAUUUAUUUUGCAAAAUCUAUUGAACCGAUCUUAACGAAAUUUACAGUAUUGUUUUAUUAUACCAUAAAGUUUUUCUGGGUAAAAUAUGAAGUACUUAAGUGUAGCACAAAUGGUUGAAAAACGUAAAAUGCGAAUACUUGUUUUUUAUGUUUUUUUCGCAAUUAUUGCUAGUUUGCAACAAGCGUGACCAUUUUUUUAAAUUUUAACCAAUUCUAUAUUGUAGCAAAUUUAAUUACGCAACUUUUAUGUCAGUGCUACUUUUCUCGGAAGCGAAUACUUUUUAAAGUUAUAAUCAAAAAACGAAGAAAAAAUCGAAUUUUUCCUUCAUUUUUUGACAUUUUGAUUAUUUAAACAAUGUUCCGGACCUUUUUGAGUGAGAGGAUAGCUCAAUUAUUAUUAUAUGAGUUAAUUCCAAGCAAUUUCUGCAAAAAAAUAUGAGUCACCUCUCAACGUCCAUCUCAAAACAGAUGCGCCCUGGACUAUAUAUGAUACUUAUGUACACUCAUACAUAUUAUGUACCUACUAUAAAAAGAUAAUAAAAAAAAAUAAAUCUCAUGAGUUUAAUCCAACUCAUAGGUCAAUCUUUUGACGUAUUCUGCACAACUUCAAUAUGGUUCCUAGGUUCUCGUUGCUCAAGUAUAGUGGAAUAUUGGCAGAUUGCUCAGCCACCUGAUCAGUUACUCUUGUGAUUGAUACCGUCCCAUCAUUUUCUUCGUCGGGAUCUGAUGAAUCAGUUUAAAAAGUUCUUUUAUUUUCAAGUUUCGUGAAAAUCUUCGCUUGUUUAGGACACAUUGGCCCAGAGAUUGUAACGCCCUCUGAUCUGUUCUACAAAAACCACUUGGUUGGAAAAUGAUUUAUCGAGUUGUUGAAAGGUCGAUACUUUCAAUUAUUUCCUUGGAUAUGUUUUUAAAUAAGUCUGACUUAGAUAUGAAAUUUCCUAGAAUUUUGUGUGGUCUGCUUAAUACUAUCUUCAUAUAUUCAUGAUAACGAUGUGACAUUUUCACCUUUCCACUUCUGUUUAAAAUCGCUAAUGUUUGUUUAAUCGGUAAAAUAUUCUUCUUGCGUUUUCCACUGGUUAUUGCCAUUUUGAAAAUCAAGCGGCAGAUGAUAAGCGAAUGUCCAGGGAUACCCUGAGUAUUAUUCAUGGGCGCCCCAGGGGGGCCGUGCUCCCCCCCUAGCUUUUCGGGUGCUUUAAACUACAUAUAUAUGGUUAUCAAAAGUAUACAAAAUGUAAUGUGCAACAACAUCACGUCUGCCCCCCUCUAAAAGUUUUUAUAUGGGCACCCGUGGUAUUGUUGUAAUCGAUAUUGCAUUAUGCAUCUCCUUCAGGCCGUAUAGUGUUUUUGUCGAGUAAUUUAUGGUUAUGCUAUUUCAAUAAAGCCUCGAAAUGCAAUUUGAGUAAUGGAAAAUCAUAGCACGGAUAAUAAUUUACAGCCCUGAUACUCCGCGCACGGAUAACAGCUUGUUUACAUGGGCGGUUUGCCAACGUUUGACGCCGCGGUUUACCUGAAAAACCCAACCGCCGCGGUUCGUACACAUGAGAGCGAUUGACUGGCGGUCUCAUUCCUCCCCUAGUAAACUUACAACCGCCGCGAUUUGACGACGGAAAAGUUGCAUGUGUACGAUGUUGAGCGGUUGCAUUUGUUUCUAUGUUAAACUUGAACCGCGGCGGUUGGGUUUUUCAGGUAAACCGCGGCGUCAAAUGUUGGCAAACCGCCCAUGUAAACAAAGCGUAACUGGGAUUCUACUGUAUUUAAAACACCUUUAAUUGGCAUCUGUUCAGUUGUAACGAGAGAAAUACUUUAUUUAUAUGAGUAAUCUUUUUAUUCUUUGUAUUUUUAAGUAAUUAUUUGUAUCAAUAAUGCGGUUAAUUUCCUUUAUGUUCAGUUAGAGAAACUCCGAAAUGAGAGAAAUACUUUAUUGACAUUAUUAAUCUUUUUAUUCUUUGUAUUUUAAUUAAUGAAUUAUUUCUAUAACGAAUGUGAUUAAUAACAUUGUAAAUAUAUUCAUUCAGAUAUUCAUUGUGAAAGAAUAUAAUAAUAAUAAUUUUUUAUGUUACUUGCUGAGUUUUUCUUAAACUACCUUGACACAUUGACUGUUUUGUGACGAGGUCUUUAAAGUCUGUUUUAGACUAUAACAUAAAAUGAUAUAUAAGAAAAUGGUACACUAAGUUUUGUCACAAUGUAAAACAGGAAACAAAAUCUGUUAACAGAAAAUGUUAUACAAAUUGGAACAUGUCCUAUUUGAUAACAAUUUUUAGUACAAAGGCAUGCGCAGUUAGGUUAUUUUCGUUAUACUGUUCUUUUGUACUUUUAUACUGUUGGUUCUUUUAAGGUUAACUUUUCUUUUAAGAAAUGUUGCAAUGGAAGCAGCUAAAAUUAAUAGAGUUUUCUUAUCCAUCAUAUGUAAUAUAAAAUAUCAAAGAUAAAACUAACUAGGUUAAAUGUUGAGGAAAAUAAGGUUAAAAUAUUCUUAAAAGAAAAUAAGAAGAAAAUUGAGGUUAACAGUGCAUGUACCAUCACAAAAAUAUAAAAAAGUGUUUUUUUAGCAUGUAAUGCGCAGAAUCACAUAACAUAUUCUAAUAGAAAAAAGUGAAAUGUGAUGGUGGUAAUACACAAAACUUCUUGUCUUAAUAUUGUACACAAUAAUUUCAUGUAAUUUUUGUUAAGUAUCAUUUUCUGUUAACAAAAAAAAGUAUAGUCUAAAACAGUCUUUAAGAGCUCGUUCCGCCAAAUAAGAAGUUGGUCAAACCAGCAAACACGUGUAUGUUCUCAAAAAAAUUGAUAGUGUGUAAAAAAAAUAUUUAUCAGCUAAGUACUUUCAACACAUUACGUGCCAUCAUCAGAGCUUCGUCCUAUUAUAAAUCCUUCAUAGAAGAGCAAUUGCCAAACAACACAUUAAAAAACAUAGAUACUGGGCAAAUCCACAGAUCUCGGGUAUAAAAACCCCUUAAAAUUAAUAAAUUCACAUCUAAAUUCUUUCUAUUUUGAAAAAGACAACAUGGCUGCGUCAAACCAUUUUUAUACCCGAGGUCUAUGGCUUUGCCUAGUAUCUAUGUUUUUUAAUGUGUUGUUUGGCAAUAGGGAACUUACAUAACAUUUUACAUUCGAAAAAAAUGUUAUAAAUCACAACAGAACAUAAUUUAAAACAUGUAUCAAAGAUAAAAUAGUUUUGUUUGGCUUUCGUUUGGCCCCUAAAGACGAUUAAAAAUUCAAAUUAUUCCAGCCAGGCCAAAACGCGUCGUGACGUCAUCCGUUUAUAUGUUUACAUUCUUCCAACAAAGUAAACAGAAUUUUAAAUUAGACGUUAUAAACGUCAGUAGAAAAUACAGUUAUGUGACGUUACAAGUGUUUUUGAUCGUUUGAACUAUUCAUAGAAAACUUGUACUUUUACAAAAUGGUUUUAUUUUCCGUAGUAAACCUUCUUUCCUUUCCUUCAAUAACUAUAUCAAACUCCAAUGUCAACAAACUGGUAUAUAUUAUUACAAUGACAUACGAUAAAUGUUGAUAGAAUAUAAAUAUUUUUCCUUUAUUCCGCGACGAGGUAUACCCAAGUAGGUGGAGGCCAAUAAACUAAAGAAGAAGAAGAAGAAUAUACCUAAUUAUAACCAUAAACGGAACCAUAUAAUUAAACUGUGUGACGUCACGGGUCAUUUGAACUAUUUUAAAAUACAGAAGACUUUAAAUUUGUACUUCUAAGUUAUUAUGAGUUUUUGAAGCGUAAAAUUUUGGAACUGUCAUUUUUAUAGAAAACUGAACAUUAUUAUGUAAUAAAAAAAUGUGCAAGUUCCCUAUUGCUCUUCUAUGAAGGAUUUAUAAUAGGACGAAGCUCUGAUGAUGGCACGUAAUGUGUUGAAAGUACUUAGCUGAUUAAUAAAAAAAAUUUUACACACUAUCAAUUUUUUGGAGAACAUACACCUGUUUGCCGGUUUGACCUACUUAGAAGUGUGUACAAGUCAUACAGUAUUUUUCAAUUAAAUAAGAAGUUGUUUAAAAACUGUUCCCGCAGGUAACGUAUUAACAAUAUGUUUGUGCUAAAGUCAAUGGGUUCUUCUGAUCAUGAUACGUCAGCUCCGCGGAUAAACUAGUAUUAAUUUUGUUUUGGUCAGCAUGUUGGGUAUAGAAGAGUAAAAGCUCACGUAAAACCAAGUUGCACGUUUCAGUACAUUAACUGUUGUAAUAUUGUGAUUCAAGCUGUAAUUACUGAUCUAUUCGAAAAACAUUGAAUUAUUUAGUAAUGAAUUCUUUUUAUUAUUAAGUAAUUUUCUUUUAUAUUAAUGAAUUCUUACUCUUCUGGCUGGAUUAAAAAUAGAAAAUUUUUUAUACGUAUGUUAUACUUAAAAAAAUAUUUGCUUUGUAUUUUUCAGUGCCGUCAUAAUAAAAGUUAAGCGUUGUA